GUUUUGCGAGAGUCCUUUGCGGCUGUACAUUGCUGUUGUCUCCGUCAUGAAGGAAAUGCUGUCUUUCUGGGAUGUGGCCAUUGAUUUCUCUCCAGAAGAGUGGGAAUGUCUGGAGCCUGCUCAGUGGAAUCUGUACAGGGACGUGAUGUUGGAGAAUUAUAGCAACCUUGCCUUCCUGGGUCUUGCUCUCUCUAAGCCAUUCCUGGUGAUAUUUCUGGAGCAAAGACAAGGACCUUGUGAUGUGAAGAGCCCUGCAGCAGCCACUGUGUACCCAGGAGUAACACCCAAUGAUCCUAACAACUACAGCAAGACCACUGAUUGUAAAUCACUCCUUAUGAAACGACAAAGAAUUCAUAUAGGGAACAAACCCUACAAGUGUGGAGAAUGUGGUAAGGCCCUGAGUUCUCAUAAAGCACUUUCCAUACACCAGAGACGUCACAGUGGAGACAAACCCUACGAGUGUGAAGUGUGUCAUAAGGCCUUUAUUAGUCGCCGGUCACUUUUUAUACACAAGAAAAAUCAUGCUGACAAAAAACCCUACAAGUGCGAAGACUGUGGCAAAUCAUUUCACUAUCCUUCAAUGCUCAAGCAACAUCAGAGAAUUCAUUCUAGAGAGAAACCGUACAAAUGUAAAGAAUGUGGAAAGUCCUUUCGCUAUCCUUCAAUCCUCAAGCAACAUCAGAGAAUUCAUAGUAGAGAAAAUCCCUCCCAAUAUGAAGAUUGUAACAAAAGAUUUUUCCCUCCUCUACACCUUCACAAACAGGAACAAAUCUAUACUGGAGAGAAACCCUACAAGUGUGGAGAAUGUUAUAAAGCCUUUCGUUGUCUCUCAGCCCUUAGGGUACACAAGAUAGUUCAUACUGGACAGAAACCUUACAAGUGUGGAGAGUGUGGGAGAUGUUUUUCCUCAUCUUUCUGCCUUAGAAGACAUCAAAUAUUUCACUCUGCAGACAACCCCUACAAGUGUGAAGAAUGUGGGAAAUGUUUUUACUCAUCUUCCUGCCUUAGAACACAUCAAAGAAUUCACUCUGCAGACAACCCCUACAAGUGUGGAGAGUGUGGCAGAUGUUUUUCUUCAUCUUCUUGCCUUAGAAGACAUCAAACAUUUCAUUCUGAGGACAAUCCCUAUAAAUGUGAACAAUGUGGGAAAAGGUUUUCAUGUUCUGCAGGUCUUCAGGAACAUCAAAGAAUUCAUACUGGAGAGAAACCCUACAAGUGUGAAAAUUGUCACAAAGCCUUCCGUUAUCACUCCUCCCUUAGGAAACAUAAGACAGUUCAUACUGGAGAGAAACUUUACAAGUGUGAAGAGUGUGGGAGAUGUUUUUUGUCAUCUUCCAACCUUAGAAGACACCAGGCAAUUCACUCUGAAGACAAUCCACACAAGUGUGUGGAAUGUGGCAAAGCCUUUGCUGAUGCUUAUAACCUUACUCAACACAUGACAGUUCAUACUGGAGAGAAAUCCUACAAGUGUGAAGAGUGUGGGAGAUGUUUUGCCUCAUCUUCCUAUCUUAGAAGACACCAAGUAAUUCACUCUGAAGACAAUCCACACAAGUGUGUAGAAUGUGGCAAAGCCUUUAAUAAUGGUUAUAGCCUUACUCGACACAUGAUAGUUCAUAAUGGAGAGAAAUCCUACAAGUGUGAAAAGUGUCCUAGGUGCUUUUCCACAUCCUCACGCCUUGUACAACACCAAAUAAUUCACUCUGAAGACAAUCCACACAAGUGUGUGGAAUGUGGCAAAGCCUUUUAUAAUGGUUAUAGCCUUACUCGACACAUGAUAGUUCAUAAUGGAGAGAAAUCCUACAAGUGUGAAAAGUGUCCUAGGUGCUUUUCCACAUCCUCACGCCUUGUACAACACCAAGUAAUUCACUCUGAAGACAAUCCACACAAGUGUGUGGAAUGUGGCAAAGGCUUUGAUAAUGGUUAUAGCCUUACUCGACACAAGGUAGUUCAUACUGAAGAGAAAUCCUACAAAGGUCUUUAAAAGUUUAUAUUUCAUCAGCCCUUAAAAGGCAUCAAAUAAUUCAUACUGAAUAAAACUCUGUGACUCUGUGGAGUGUGGUAAAGAUCAUUCCUAGUCCUUCAAACCUUACCCAACUCAAUCCAUAGGGUAGAUAGACUAUUAAGUGAAUUAGUCUGGAAUGUCAACACCAACUUAUUACAUCCAUCAGUACAAAUAUAGAGAAUAACAUCAGAGAACAGUAGAGACUUCUCUUUGCUAUAACCUCCCAACCAGUGUGUUCUGUAGUGUGCUUGAAUAUUGUAUGGCUUGAUGAGUUUCUUCUAUACUUAUAGACAUAAAAGAAAACUUAUUAUUUCAUAAUGUAGGUCUAAGAUCUGGCCCAUGGUAUAGUACUGUCGGGUGUUUUUCAGUGGGGUUGCACAAGCUCCUCCAAUACUGUUUCUCUUGGGCAUGUAGAAAGUUUGGUAAAUUCACAUCUCACCUUUUGUAAAAUUGUCUGCAUUGGUUCUCACCUAGGCUGAAUGGGCAUUAGUGUUUCUUUCUCUGGGAAAAUCUAACAGAACAUACUGAAGUCAUGUUUAGUUCCAGAAUAAAGAACCUGUAUUUCCUUUCACUUC